AGAGCGCUUUGCUGCACUGCUCCUAUGGUGUAUGUAGUACAUUGCUUUAUUUGCAUUGGAGGCGCUUGAGUGGGGUCCAUCACUGCUGCAGAACCAGACGGCCAGGUCAGCCUUUCAAGAUGGAGGUGGAUGUCAGUGGUGUUUCCAGGACUGUCAUGUCCAUUCUGCCUGCCCCUACAGGAGAGAUUCAUUCUCCUCCAAAAGCAGAGCCUGAAAAGCCUCGUUGCUCCAGCACACCAUGCUCGCCCAUCAAGGGGACUGUGGCAGGUUAUCAAAUCCUCCACAUGGACUCCAACUACCUUGUGGGCUUCACCACCGGGGAGGAGCUUCUCAAGCUAGCUCAGAAGUGGACAAGCACCGAGAAGGCAACUGGGGAGACCAUGCCAAACCCUUGCACAAAGCAGCUGGAUUCUGGACUCCAUCGGGCCACGCGGGUUUACAAAACAAAGAGCCGUUACUACCAGCCCUAUGAUAUUCCAUCUGUCAAUGGGAGAAGGAGGAGGAGGAUGCCUAGCUCAGGUGACAACUGCAUCAAGUCGCUCCCCAUGGAGCCCAGCAAAGUCCUUCACGGCUCUCUACCUCUCUGUCUUUUGAAGGGCAAGAGGGCCCAUUCCAAAUCCUUAGACUACCUCAACCUGGACAAAAUGAAUAUCAAGGAGCCAGCAGACACGGAAGUACUUCAGUACCAACUUCAGCACCUCAACCUAAGAGGGGAGCGUGUGUUCACCAAAAACAAGACAUGAAUGAAAGGAAGAACGCUUCAGAUAAUUGCAUUGAGAGUUUCAAGAAGCCAAGGAUAUGGCUGAUUGACCUCAUUCGGCCAGCAAUGCUGAUCAGUGAUGUAGAAUGUAUAGCAGUUGGAACGGUAUCAUGACGGAUCCUUGAAAUGGCCAUCUGUUGGUAGAGUUAAGUUGACCUGUGCCUUUUAGGAAAUCACACAGAUCACUUUUACAGAGGAAUUUGUUCAAGGACGAAAACUUUCUUAACAUGUGUGAUAAACAAAUGGAUAUAAUCAUCAUGGAUAGGAAAAAUGAAAUCUCUUAUAAUUAGCAAUACCUGUGUGCUUGAUUAUGUAACAACAUGUGACUUUUGGAAAUUGUAGCUUGGUAAUGGGAAUAUAGUGAUGCACUGUUUGCACAUAUUUUCACUGUUGUUUUUUGUGUUCUAUGUCUGCAUUGUUUAUUGAUUACACUGUAGACUGUAUAGGAAAUGAAACAGUUUACUUAAUUCCUGAUUCCACCUAUAAGGUAAAAUUGAUAACAAAACAGCUUUGAUUGUCCGUUCUUCUUCUUCUUGGUAACAAAUGUAGGCAAAUCAACUGUUAAGAUUAUUUUACCACUAAAAUCUCUAGGUCUGUGUUGACUGGCUUUAGAGUAGAACAGCUUAUUGUCAAUAUGAUGCUAACAUCUCAGUUAAGCAUAUCCCUUUAAAUAGCAUUUGUAACAGACCAUGCAAUAGAUUCCCCAGCAAACAAAGAUGGAGCUGGGCAAUGCUUUGAAAUAUUUAAUGUUCCAUUUGGAAAAAUGCAGUCACUAAUUCAGAUGUUGUUUUAUUACAUGUGCUUAUUUUCGUGUCGAAUAAUGCACUUUUUUAUGCUGUAAAAGAAAAUGGGUAUACUACUUGCAUUCACCUUCAUUAUAUUGUUAAAGUAAAAAAAAAUAAUACAUGUUUAUUGAAGCCAAACAGUAAAGACAAUGCAAAGCAUUUUUACACAAAAUAAAGAACACCAAAUUAGACCAGUCGGAGGGUAGACCAAAAGCUUCUCAGGAUAUGAAGCUCCCUGUUAUUCUGCUGGUCAUUGAUAGACCUCUUUGGCCAUUUUUUGUGUGAAUGAUAUGCCCCUCACUCCAGCAUGUAUAUGAUUUCUAGGGCUGCAACGAAGGGUACAUUUUGACCUUCGAAGGUUCGGAACACAUUACCGAAGGAAGGAUCAAACCUUUGA